GUAAUCCAUCAGAGUCCCACACUUACAGGACCGCAUAACAUGCCUCGCAAUGGCGAGCAGUUCACGCAGACAGGAUGGUUGGUCUGCGCCUGGGUGCUAGUGACCCCAUUCAACUAUGGCUACCACAUCAGCCUCCUCAACCAAAUACAAACUGUCUUGACCUGCAAGGAUGUUUCUCCAAACAUUCCCACUGCUGGAUGCAUUCCUAUGUCCGACUUCGUGUUCUCAAGUGUCACCGCAAUCUUCACAGCUGGAGGUCUUGUUGGGAGCUUGGUGGCCAACUAUUUCAUGGAGCGCUCAGGUCGCAAAGGUGCUUCACGUAUGUCUGCGAUAUUUGUGGCGGUUGGCUCUGCCCUCAUGGGCAUCAGUACCUCCGUUGGCACUCUAGCCUUUGGCCGACUGCUUGUUGGUAUCGGUGCUGGCAUAGGCAUUUGCGUUUCCCCCCUAUAUUUAGCAGAAAUUGCCCCAUCCAAGAUUAGCGGUAACGUGGGGGUUCUAACUCAACUUGGGAUCGUUCUUGGGAUUAUGAUCACCCAAGCGAUAGGCCUCCGUUUUGCGACUCCGUCUGAGUGGCGAUAUGUGUUGUUUCUAUCUUCCGGCAUCGCCAUAGCCCAACUCUUCCUCAGUCCAGCAAUUGUUGAAUCGCCCGCUUGGUUGGGAAGUAAAGGUCAUGUCGAACUGAAGAAAGCCGCUGUUAUCAAGCUUUGGGGCUCCGCCGCCCCUACUACCCCUUCAUUGGAGGACCCGCUAUUGGACAAUCUCGAAGCACAUCGCAAUGAGCAAAUAACUGCUCUUACCGUCCCUCAAGCUCUUUCUGCUGAAGACAUCAGACGACCUCUCGCGACUGUGUGUUUCGCAAUGCUUUCUCAACAGCUUUCAGGUAUCAAUGCAGUUCUUUAUUAUAGUAACGACAUUUUAUCCAAGUCAUUGCCGAACCUGGGCCCUUACGUGUCUCUUGGAAUCACUGUUGUCAAUGUUGUCAUGACAUUCCCCCCCAUCCUCCUCAUCGACCGCAUCGGCAGACGGCAACUUCUCUACAUCUCAAGCAUUGGCGCAAUCUCAUCCCUUGUUCUUGUUGGGUUUGGGCUCAACCUUGGCUUCGGAACGCUGAGCAGUAUCGCGAUUUUGUCGUUUGUGACCUCCUUUGCUUGUGGAUUAGGACCCAUUCCUUUUGUGCUCAUUCCAGAAAUAUCACCCUUCCAUGCGGUUUCUGCCCUCUCAUCUAUCGCUCUGUCGUUGAACUGGUCCGCCAACUUUUUAGUUGGGCUUGUUUUCCUACCACUCCGGAACGCAUUGGCAGGACAUGGAGAGGGAACGGUCUUCUUCGUAUUCGCUGUUGCCCUCUUGUGUUCGAUGGGUCUUGGCUUUCGAACUGCGGACAAAGGACUUCGGAGACGUGGACCGUAA